AUAAGAAAUUAAAUAAAGUAAACAUAAAAUAUACAUACAUAUGUAACUCUAUAUGUGAUUUCUAACGAAAGCUCGUGACUAGCCUCUGAUCUCCCCGCCACGAGAAAAACAUAUGCAAAAAGUCAAAAGGAGGUGGAUUAAAGAGAUUGAACAACAACAAAAAUAACGUUGCAUCACGAAAAAGUACGCGCGCAAAGUUAGAACAAAUUAGUUUCAACAAACGAGUGCAAUCGAAACAGUUUUACUAAUUACAGAAUACAACAAUAUCAAAAGCUAUCGCUGUGCUUAACGCGCAUAGUAGUGAAAGAAGAAAACAUAAUUUAGAAGUAAUUUUGUUGAAAUCAUAAAAAAGACUUUAGAAGAAAUUAAGUUUUACACUUUUAAUUUCUUCGUUUUUUGUUUUAAAUUAAAUUGCAUUUAAACUAAAUUUUCCACCAACCAAAGCAUAGUGACAAGUUGAACAAAAACUAAAGAAACAAGUGUUGCAAAAAAAAAUGGACGCCCAAAUACCAACACAAGCGCCCGCACAACCUGUGCCCGCAGAGGCGCAACCCGCCCCCAGCAACCCGAACACCAAUAUCGGUGCUGCAGCAGCAGCCGUUAAUUACGUCACCACCACAGCUACAUCAUCGGUGGCUGCCCAGACGGCGACCUCAACAAACUCCGUGCCGAAUUCGGUGGCGAAUGUUGUUACCAUACCCGUACCGAUUGUACAAAACGAAGAGAACUACACAUAUGUGACGGUGAAGGGCUCGUUGCACGAUCGCUCAUGCGCCGUGUUCGGUCUUAACGAUACGGAAAUCCAAGCGUUGUCCAAACGUUUCGGUAACGGCUUAAAGGGUGCCGUGAAUGGUGUAAUGGUAACGAUUCCACCGAUGGAUAUGGUAAAUACAUUGGCGCAAUUGAGCUAUAAAGUGAUUUGUAGUUGUGGUGAGGCGGAGAUCAGUUGGACUAUGCAACGUGAAAUUUAAACCACCCUUCUUCGUAGCAUGACAGCCGAACAACUAAAGUUUAAUACUUAUUGAAAUUUGCAAAUUUAAUUGUUAACAAAAAGACAUAAC